AUGGUGGAGAAAGAACUGGAACAGUCCCUUGUGCUGCUUGAUAUCUGCAAUGCUAUGCAAGAGAACUUUGCCGAGUUGAAGAUGAGCAUCCAAGAGCUGCAACUAGUCCUUAAAAGAGGAGAUCAUGCCACUGCCAAUCUCAAAAUUGAGCCUUUCUUCCGUUCAGCAACGAAUAUGCAAAAGCAUUUCAAGAAAUACAGCAGCAAAGCUACUCCUGAAGGUCUCAGCCUUGUCAGGCUACUAGUAGAAGCCAGAGAGAUAGCUGUGUCCCUACUUGAAUGUACAUCAUACCUCAUGCCCAAUCAGAUUGUCACAUCCAAUUCUAGCAAAUGGCAUCUGGUGUCCAAAUGGUUCCAGAAAAGAAAGUUGUAUGUGAGGAGGAUCAGCUACAAGCAUUAG